GGGGCAUUUGUGGAAAAAACAAGGAGCGGGCCAAUCAGAGAGCUCGCUGGGACGUUCAUCGCUGUCAGUCAGGCCCUUAUAAACUUUGCGAACCUCUAUCUCAGACAGUUAUCUCCUUCUUCGCCUUAGACAAAGAAAGACAGUAAGUAUUGAUUAAUUGUUUAUUCCUUUGUUAGUAGAAAUCACAUUUUGAAUUGUCCGAGGGUUCAAUAAUCGGUGUGAUGCAAACGUUUUAAGGGAAUUCCGUGUUUCUCUGGGAAUUCUGCGUUAUGGAAUAAAUGUAACAGCGCCUAAACCCUUAUUUAAAAUCAACUAUUUUGGGAAAUAUGUAGUGAAGAGUUUACUUCUAUGUCCGAAAUCGUAACAUAUUCGAUGUAUUUCUGCAAAGCCUGGCCAUCUUGUUUCUUUCGGCUGCCUUUGUUGUCGUCGUCCUUUUCACAGGAUAGCAGAAAGCAGCCAUUAGCCGACGACUUUUCAUCGCACCUAUUUCUUUACAUUAACGAAGAAACAACCAUAUGAUAAGUGUGGAUGCGGUGCAGAUGUGCUCUGCUUAACAGCUUCUUGGCAAAGUUUUGGUUUUCUUUUCGUUUUCCUGGUAAUAGUUUCGAUGUCCGGGCCGGGCUGUUGUGUUUUCUCUGCAGCAGAUCCCGUGACUGCGAACAAAACACCAACAGGCUCGGUUUGUUGUCGGGAAUAUGGCGAAGUUUGCGCUGCGAAACUUGCAGGAAAAACAAGCCUUAAACAACCUGUAUCUCUGCAGUUUUUUAGCAUACAUUUAAUAUGGUGCCAACAAAUGUGAUAUUUUUUUUUUCUUCGGCCCGAUUUGUAUUUCCUUUUUAUGAGGAGGGAAGUCGGGAAAUGACUGUGCUGUCGGGAAUCUUUAUUGCUGAUCUCAUCGUGCAUGACUCAUGGGAGCGGACAGGCUCUCUCACGGGCCGGUGAUAGAAAAAUCACUAUGGGUCAACAUGUGAGAAUCUCGAUGCUAAAGGGGAAUCUCGUGUUUAAAGAAAACCAGAAUUUUUUUGUUGCCUGCUUUACCAGGCCUUUACCAGCUUCUUAAGAAAUGGCGUACAAAGGUGCAGGGGUUUACUCAUGUUACUGUUCAUGUGUACUUUUUCUGAGUUGAAAUCAGUUCCUUCACUUUUUACUAUACAGUUUCAAUGGAAAGUAAUGUGCUUUGGUAUAUUUUACACAUUAUUGAUAACUCAGCAAAGCAGUAAUCUCCAAAAACUUUCAAGCUUUUAAUCAACUCUAUGACCACCAGCUGAUUGGAUGAUAUGUACCCUGUAAAAAUCAAGUGAAUCUUUCUUAACAAAUAAUCUUAAACAAAAUAUUUGAUUAAAACCACAUUGGCAUGACCAGCCACACCUAGAUCAAAACUUUUUACUCCUUCAAAUCAAAUGUAUCCUCAUUUAAGAUUCAUGAUUACAAGAAUCUGUGCACAACCGGCCAUGACUGAAUUGUGCACAAGAAAAAUACGUAAAGUGCUAAACUGAUGCAAGAUACUGCAAAAAUAUUCAGUGCAACUUCAUUCUGCAGAGUCUAAAUCCACAACUAGUAUAAGUAGAUGUGCUUUAAGGUGCACAUCUCACUCCACCCAUCCCCCGCCAUCAUGGGUUAAAAGUAAGCGCUCUGUACUUAAAGUAAGUCUCAGAUAAAGUGCUCUAUACCAUACUUGAGUAGAUAUACAGACUGGUGGUUUAACCUCUACUGAAGUAAAAUAUCACUUGCUCUUAAACAUGAUAUUUUAGCGCUCAGUCCAACCCUGCUAACAUGUUUUCUCUUUUAUUGUUCCUCAGUAGGAAGCCACGAUGCUGCCUUUAGCCUUGUUGGCCGUGUGCCUGAGUACAGCCCUGUCAGCCCCUAGCUUGGACCCUCAGCUGGAUCAGCACUGGGACCUAUGGAAGAGCUGGCACACAAAGAAAUAUCAUGAGGUAUUUUUCUUCACAGCAACCUUCAAGUCUUCCAGAUUACCACGAAACAGUCUGAAUGAUGGUUGUUUUUGUAGAAAGAGGAGGGCUGGAGGAGGAUGGUGUGGGAGAAGAACCUGAGGAAGAUCGAGCUGCACAACCUGGAGCACUCCAUGGGGAAACACACCUACCGCCUGGGCAUGAACCACUUCGGAGACAUGGUAAAACCGCACUUUAAACACACAGAGUCACUGUACGGCCUAUCAGGCCUCUCACAGAAGGGGUGUAAACUUACAGGGUGGCGGGGGAAUGAACCUGAUAAGUGGUUAAGUAGAUAACACAAGACAGUGCAAAGGUUCGGAGAAAGAGUCACGAAUGAGAUGAUAAAAGAAGCAAUGAAAGGAUUUUCUUUUGUAAAUCUCUGUAAAUGUGAAACAUGUGCAAACACUGACAAAAAGAGGAAAAACACGGACUUGGUCAAGUGUCGAACAAAGAAAUGGACAAAAAUCCCUUUUAUUCAGCUGGUAAUUCUUAUCUAGACAGGAAAGGGUAAAAACACUCAAGUUACUUCCAGGUAGAAGUGUAAUUUGAGCUUCAUUUGACAAAAAACCCCAUCAAAUUUUCAGCCAAAUAUACACCUUUUUUAAAAGGCCCGAAAUCAUUAUUGCAAAUGUACUUUUUUCUCUCUCUUUGAUCAACAUUAAACUUGCUUUUGACAGGAUUGCAGAUGUACAUAACUUAAUGAUGCAUACAUUAUAUUUACAUUCAUAUGGUUCAGCAUCAUGACAUUCAACAAGUUUUUACUCAUGCUGUCUUUUCUGUCUGACAGACACAUGAAGAGUUCAGGCAGAUCAUGAACGGCUACAAGCACAAGGCACAGAGAAAGGUCAGAGGGUCCCUGUUCUUGGAGCCAAGCUCUCUGGUGCUCCCACGUUCUCUUGACUGGAGGGAGCAGGGCUAUGUCACCCCGGUGAAGGACCAGGUAAUACCUUUUUCUUUUAAUUCUAACAUGCAGCAUCUGAAAAAUAGUAAGGUGUGCUGAAACAUUCAUAUCGUACUGUUGGACAAAAACAACUUCACUAAGACUGUCUGUUAAUGAAUAUUGUCUAACUGUUUGAGAAACUUUUCCUUGUCACCAUAACAACAGCCUUUCUCCACAUCAUGAGUAUGCCACUUUUUCUGCCUGAACUUCAGUGAUUCUUCGACACAGCUUUUAUGUUGUUGCAGUGAAACACUCCUAAUUUAUUUGAACACAAGCUGAAUUCUUCUGUUAGCACCAAAGAAGAUGAAAAAACUACCACUAAACAUCAGCUGUGAGAGACGUGUAGUAAACAAGGUUAUGCAACACGUGACUUUGAGCAGUGUCAUCACCGCAGCUUUGCUAAUGGGACGGCACUUUGUCCGCAGAAGUUAAUGUUUAGCUGGGACAGACAGAUAACAUGGCCGCUUGAGUUUGUUUUUGUUAUCUGUUUUCUUCAUGCACACCUCUCCUCCUCCUCCUCCUCCUUAUUCUCCUGGCAGCGCAGAGAGUCCACACCACCCCUCUGACAUACAUUAACAGCCUGUAAGCUGAAGCCAGUCCAACCAGCUUACUGUAAACAAGACCAGGGUGGAGUCACUGCCUUAUACAUUAAAGUGCUGCAGUGCAACAUCCAACCUGAUCUAUAUUUAUAGAAAGGCCAGCAAUCCUGAAUGCAGCAGACAGGAUUUGAACCCCAACUUCUGGCCCUUUUCUGCAAGUCAUCCUGGCUCUGUCCUCCGCUUCUGUAGUUUCAAACAGAGUAUUUGUAGCUGGUUUCUAAAAUGUGAGCAGAACUAUCCUCUGAUAUGUCUGCUAAACUCUGGCCAACUAUUCAGCAGCUCAGGGACUUUUAGUUUUUAAACAAUAAAAAUAAAAACGGCUGAUUUUAGAGAGGAAAAAUAGCUAUAACAGACAAAUAUAAAAGAGUGGUUUAAAAAUAAACAGACUGACAGUCCAGAUGAUCUUUGGUGAUUUAAUGAAGCACCAUCCAUUUGAACCCAGCAUUUAGACCCCCUCCUCUCUAUCUCUCUGUGUCACAGGGUCAGUGUGGCUCCUGCUGGGCUUUCAGCACCACCGGAGCUCUGGAGGGUCAGCAGUUCAGGAAGAGCGGCAAACUGGUGUCUCUGAGUGAGCAGAACCUGGUCGACUGCUCCAGACCAGAGGGCAACGAGGGCUGCAACGGGGGUCUGAUGGACCAGGCCUUCCAGUACGUCAAGGACAACCAGGGCCUGGACUCAGAGGACGCUUAUCCUUACCUGGGAACGGUACGUAUCUCUUAGAAGGCAAAGGGAGAUUAAUGAGGCCUUAAGAUUCUUUUUGUUAAAGUUUAAUUUUUGCCUUUGAAUGCUUAAUAUUUCCCAUAGAUCCAUUUUUUAUUGAUCUUCUCUAUUUCCACAGGAUUAUUUCAUUAUUACAAAAUAUUGAUCUUAUAACUCAUCUUUUCCUUAACGUUUCAGGAUGACCAGCCAUGUCACUAUGACCCCAGCUACAACUCUGCCAAUGACACCGGCUUCGUCGACAUCCCUAGCGGUAAGGAGCAUGCUCUGAUGAAGGCUGUGGCCUCUGUGGGACCCGUUUCAGUCGCCAUCGACGCCGGACACGAGUCUUUCCAGUUUUACCAAUCAGGUCAGGAGGAAAAAGAAUAGUCGGCAGACAUUGUUGCACAGUUUUUCAACCCUUUUUUUAAGAGCUCCAAUGUAAAUCUACAUAUGUGUGUAAUUUUUAAAGGUAUCUACUAUGAGAAGGAGUGCAGCAGUGAGGAGUUGGACCACGGUGUGCUGGUGGUGGGGUACGGUUUCGAGGGAGAGGAUGUGGAUGGCAAGAAAUACUGGAUCGUGAAGAACAGGUCAGUGGAAAAUGGGGAAAAAAAAAUCACUCCUGAAUAAUCUUUGUGAUUGUAAAUGUAUAAAAAUACAUAACUGCUUUAACUCUUAACUGAACAGAGCGUUUCUCUGACCUUAUAACUGUUCUGUGUGUUUGCAGCUGGAGUGAAAAGUGGGGAGACAAAGGCUACAUCAUGAUGGCCAAAGACAGGAAGAACCACUGCGGCAUCGCAACAGCCGCCAGUUAUCCUCUAGUCUAACAUUUGCACAGCUCCAUUUUUGUAGCACCAUAGUGUUUUUUUAUUGCGGCUGAAGGCCGGAGAAAGGAGAACGAUGUCUUGGCCAGUGAUGGCGAGCAUCCACGGGAUCCUGAGACGUUUCACCAGGAGAGAAAACACUGUUGUUUUUAGGGAAAUGGCGCCAUUAUGUUUUGGCUGGUUUUCACGCCACUUUAUUUCGUCUGAGAAGAUUUUAGUCUAGUGUUUUAUUCUUUGUAAAUAUGUGUAUGCUACUUGGUGAGUGAAAUGUUUAAACCUGCUUCGGUCAUUGUAAAUGAUUUUUUUUCUACUUUAACUGUGAUCAAUUAAAGUUGUGAAACACUAGGAAGGAG